AUGGAUCCCUACUCAGCAGAAGGAGAGCUGGUAAACAUGCACACAGCCUUCAUCCAAGGCCAAUAUCAACAAGUCAUCGAUUUCGACACAUCAAUCUUCAGCGCCCCCAACCAGCCCUCGGCCCAAAUCCUCAAAUACCGCGCCCAACUCGCCCUCCAAGACUACUCCUCCGUCGCAUCUGCCAUCUCCUCCUCAGACGCUUCUUCCAACCCAUCGCUAGCCGCCAUCAAGACCUACGCCUCAUAUGCCGCCUCAGGCUUCUCAUCCGACUCCGCUGUCUCGCAAGCAGAGUCCUUGUCACAAAGCAACAGUGACGACCUAACCGUCCAACUCCUCUGUGGCGCCGUCCUCGCCCGUGCCGGCAAAACCGACGAAGCAAUUGCUCUCCUCAGCAACCACCAAGGCAGCCUCGACGCCGUCGCCAUGGCCACCCAAAUCCACCUCUCCAACAACCGCACCGAUCUCGCUGCCAAGGAAGCAAAGUCUGCGCGCGCAUUCGCUCAAGACGCCCUGCUCGUCAACCUAGCCGAAUCUUGGAUUUCGCUGCGUGAGGGUGGGGAUGCAAAAUACCAACAAGCAUUCUACGUGUUUGAGGAGUUGGCUCAGGCGCCUGGGUCUUCUGCUGUGUCGUCGUUGAUUGCACAGGCAGUGUCAGAGUUGCAUUUGGGCAGGUAUCCAGAGGCCGAGACGGCAUUGCAGCAAGCGCUGGAUGCAGAGCCUGAGAACGUUGUUGCACUGGCUAAUGCGGUCGUCUUGUUUACCGCGCAAGGAGAUGUGGAGAGAGCUGCCGAGAUGAAGGGCAGACUGCAAAAGUCCAAGGGUGGUGAGGAGACGGAAUUACUGCAGNGGUUGGCUGCCAAGAAGGAGGCUUUCGAUGCUGCUUGUGAGAAGUACCAGCCCAAGUUUGAGCCUUGA